CACAUAUGACGUUCUCACGUAAUUGUGACGCACGAACGAGCGUUUCCAUUUAUUACUACCAGACAGAUUUUUUCCACGAAAGCAUCAUACAGUCGUUGGAAUUAGGGUGCCAAAAUGGACCAGUGUGACUGUUCUAAAUCUGGGUCUUGUAAAUGCGGGCAAAACUGCAAAUGCUCCAACUGCAAGUGCGCACAUAGCAAGAAAAGUUGCGGCAGUUGUCCAUCUGAAUGCAGUAAGGGCACAAAGGACUGCGAGAGCGCGUGCAAGGACAAGGAGAAGUCGUGCGACACACACUGCUGCAAAUGAAAGUCUGUGAUAUGUGCUGUGACACUGUGCUCCAUUAAUAAUGAUAACAUACAACAAAUCUUUCGUGUACUCCCUCAUUUGUUGUGAUUAUUGACGAAAUUAAAGGAUGUACUUUGA